AUGAAUACCAAACCUACGCCUGCAACAUAUUUGAACGUUCCGUUACACCUAGCCAAACAUAAAAUUGUUGUUGGACUACCUGUGCCUAUGUGUGAAACAGAAAAACCGAGUGUUGAUAUUGUUAAACAAGAAGAAAAUUUACUUGAUACUUAUGUCGGUAAUAUCACCUCUCUGCAUUCUGUUAUUGAGUUAAUUAUUCAUCAGAGGGAACUUCGUACUGAAUGUAUCAUACAGCAUGGUUUUGACGAUUCCCUUGUAAAGACAAAUAACACCUUCUGGUCUGAUUUAUUCAGUCAGACAUUUUUAUCUUCAUAUCUAGUAGAUUCAGUUGAUGGACCAGGCGAUGAUCUUUUAUUCUAUGUUCAACAUCAGAAACAAAAUGAAAAGAAGCCAGAGUUGAGUGUAUUUCGUAAGAAUAGUCCAAAUCUUCCGAAAGGGAUAGACGGCAAUAUCGAUUGGGAGGAGACAGUUUAUCUUAAUUUAUUGAUGCAAUAUUUUGUCUAUAUAUUAACGGUUGCUAAAUUUACUCAGACUGUUUAUGCAUCUCCCAGUCAUAGAAAAAUGGAUGUGAAAGGCAGUUACGAACAGAUAGUCUAUCCAGAUUUAUAUUUUACAAUUGAUAAUUAUGAAGAGGCAUUUUCAGAUUGUAUUCUACGUGAUAGUGAAUGUCUGAAUGUUGAGUUAACUGCAUACGAUCGCGCUGGACAAGUUUAUGGAGUUUGUUUUCUUGGAACUAUUUCGUAUAGUACAUUAAAACAAUUUUAUGACUCAUGUAACCCUCGUUCAAAUUGUCACUUUAGUAAUCAUUGCCAUCAACGAAAUAAUCGAAUGACAAGAAGUUUUUAUUCAUAUUCUUCUUCUGUGAAUAAUAAUAAUAACAGCAACAAUAAUGGCGAUAAUCGUUCAGUUCAAUUUAUGCGAGUCAUCGGACCACAAGCGAAAGGAUUAGCUGAAAUAGCCAUUAAACCAGUGAAAAGUGAUUACAUCAUUGAACAACAACAAGGUGGACAAAGAAAAUCAUUGGAUCUAAUGCUGCCACCAUCAGCAGCAUCGUCAAAAUCAAAUAGACAUCAACAUCAUCAGCAUCAAUCUGAUUUUAUUAUGAAAUGCUGCCAUCCUGUUUGUUUAUCUCAAUCGGAUAUUGAUGUUAACUCGAAUGAUAAUUUAACAUUGAAAGAUAUGAAUAUCAAUAUGGUAAUGAAUGAGACAUAUCAUUCAGAAAUAGUUACCAAACAACCAUUUAUAGAUUCACACAAAUCUACAAGUCUACUUAAUUUUUAUGAUUCCAUAUCAAGAAUAAAUUCAAAGUGUAGCGAACUGAUAACACAUGGUCAAGAUAAUACUUAUAUGGAUCCUUUGCCAACAUUAUAUCCAUCUCCAUGGUCUGUAAAAUCUGCUGGUGCCAGUGUGCAUACAAGUCCAGUUCGAUUGUUCAAGCGUAGCCUAGGAGGCAAUAAAUGUUCAGUUCAAUCGAGUAAUCAACAUGAAUCAUCGCCUAUUUUUAGUCGGAAAUGUAAAUUUAAAUCAACAAAUGCUAUAGAUUCAUUGAAUGAAUCAAAACCAUCGAAAGUAUUGGAAAUUUUUAAUGCCUUUAGUACAACGAAACAAUCUCUUUCUCCUUGUGGUGGUGUUGGUGAUAAUAGUGGUAAUCAUAGAACAAAAUCUGUUAAAAAGAAUAAUUCCAUUAAUCAGUUCACGAAUGCUAAUGGUGAUGAUGAUGGUACGUGCAGAGAGAAAAUAAAGAAUAUGAAUAUUACUCGCACAGAUUCAAGUGCAAAUCACUUUUAUGAAAAUCCUUUAGCAAUAAUUAGUCGAGACAAGAGUUCAUUUGGACAAGCUUGGUGUUGGUUUAAAGAAAGAAGAAAAGCUACCUCGAUUGGUUUGAAUGCUAGUCCAACAUUUAUCACUUUACCUUGUCAAAGUAUUCUUAUUGAUUUGCUUGAAAUUAGAAGAGAGCCCAUACUUAAUUUCACCAGUCGGUGA